AAGCACAGGAAACGCAUAAAACACAAACCGGAAAUGUUUUUUUAGCUUAAAGCUAACGCCAAUUACGUGGUUGGUUUGCUGCUAAGCGGUUAAAUGUAAGUGUUUUCUUGUUAACGAGUUGGUCUUUUAAACUGUAUUAAUAAGGAAACAGUCCCGGUAAACUCGACAGAGAGUUGUCUUCCUGCUCUGGGAUCACUCCGCCGCCUUCGCUGCGCUCUUCGGCCUCGUUUCCAGCCUCAGUCGGUGGAUGAGCCUGGCCAGUCGCCGCCUUCCUAGAUGAAGAUAUCCCUGGCUCAGCGAGUCUUCCUCUCCUGGAUCUUCGCCCUGGUCUUCCUCAUCAUGCUUGCCCUCAAGCUGGACUCCAAAAUCCACUGGAACUGGUUCCUGAUCUUCCUCCCCGUCUGGACCUUUGACACCAUCCUCAUCCUCAUGCAGAUCGUGGAGAUGGCGGGUCGCUGCAAGCCGGACUUUGACCCCAGGGACGAGGAGAAGAGCGUGAAGAGGAGGCUGUGGUACCUGACAGCCCUGCUCCUCAAGCUGGCCUUCUGUCUGACUCUGUGCUCCCGGCUGGAGAAGCUGACGGACAUCUGGGUCAGUGUGGUGUGUGUCCCACUUUGGGUCCUGCUGGGUGGAGCGCUGCUGGAACUGGGAUACAGUGUUUUCCACUACAGGAGGGACUGAAGGAGGGGGAGAAACCCUUACAAAACGGACACAUUGUUAUUUUUAAAAUAUAUAUUCACCUCUUAACUGAGGAUGCACAGUUUUAGUUAUUAUUUUAAAACCUGCUGCUCUUCAGUUGUAUGGGUCUGCACCAUAACAAGAGAAAACUGUGGUAUAAUUUUCUCUCAUCAGUAGGAGUUCAUUGUCACUGCCUGACUAAAUUGCACUUUGCUUUAGAUCUGACAACUUCACCUCAAUUUCAACAUGUCUGGGAUUGUUAAAUUAAAUCCAGCCCUCUUUUAACUUUUACUCACAAUGCCGCUUUUUAACAGUUUUAAAGUAAAAUUUAAAAAAAGAGACUUAAACUGGUUUUGAGAUCCUCCAUGAACAUCAUUUAUUCAUUUUUACUGCACUGUGUCAGAGGUUUUAUGCUAUUUUGUUCUCCAAGGUGAUAAAAGUCAACAGUUAUGUGGAUGGAAUAAAUAUUAUUUACAUGUUGGCUGUAGCUGGUAAGGACAGAUUUACAAAUGUAUUCAUAAACCUUGAACUGUAUUUUGUCACAUUAUCGCCACAGAUAUUGAUGCAUUUCAUGGGGAUGUAAUGUGAUAGAGCAGCGCAGCGAAUAAUGCAGAAUCUUAAAGUGGAAAGGAAAAAGUAUAUGAUUCUUAUUCUAAGAAUAAAAUAAGAAUAAAAAUAAUUGAAAGUGUGGAGUUUGUUUUUGGGCACUUGAGUAAACAUAGCAUAGCAGCUGCCGGUGUUUUGAGGUAUGUCUCUUUACUGAAAUAUUAAAUCCCAAAUAUUUAUUCCCAAUAACUCUGGCCAGUUUCCUUGUGUCUGACUGUCCCACCUGAGCCGUGAAUCUCUGCAGCCACUCUAGAGACAUCUUCACAUCUUGACUGCUUCCUGAUUUUUGCACGUUUCUUUCUUUAUGUAUGACACUCUUUUCAAUUUUUUUUGUAAAAGAAAAAAGUGCCUUAUGUUUGUCUUAUCAUUAAAAUCCUUAAGCAUU